AUGAAUCUUAUGAAUGUAUUUAUCUUUAUAAUAUUCAAUUCGAUAUUAUGGAGUUCAAUUAAUUCCGUGAAAAAUAAUAAAGAUCAAAAUUUAAUUGAAGAAACUGAUCAGAAUUUAGUUAAUUUUCAUGGGAAAUUAAACAAAGAGGCUGAAUCAUCGACUAAUCCUCAAAGUCAAAAAUAUAAAAAGGCGAUUAAACUAAAUCAUAAACCUACUAAAAAUACAAAAAAGGACGUGAAAAGAAAGAAUGAGGAUGAAAAAAGAUUAAGGAGAGCUAAAUAUUGGAAAGAUUACAGUCAAAAGAAUAAAGAAAGGUUAAAAGAGAUUAAGCGAAAGUAUGAUCAAAAUAAUAAAGAAAAAAAACGAGAAUACAUAAAAAAUAAUAUGGAAAAAAGGCGAGAAUAUAUGCGAGAAUACCGCUUAAAAAAGAAAAAUGAAAAAGGACAAAAGGAUUGUCUAAAUCUGACUAACAUUCAAUCAGAUAAUAAUAAAGGAAAUUCACACAAUGAUUGUGUAGAUAAAGGAAAGAAUCCGAUUGUUUGCGAGGAGAACGAUCAAGAAAAGAACGAUCAAAAAUCUUCUCAAAAGUCCCUUCCCCAUAUCGAGGAAGGAAAUUUAUUUGUUAAUCCACAAACGGAUGUUAACCCUCAUGAAAAAGAAAAUGUUCAAACGGAAAAUGUUCAACAAUUAAAUGAACUGAAUGAUUUGGAUUAUCUUAAAUUUUUGUCUGAUAUUAAUUAUUUGGAUAAUUUAAAUUUCUUAAGAAAUUGUGAUGAUAUGUAA